UAUCAGUGAUAGACAAUGAUAUAGUUCUAUCACUGUCUAUCACUGAUAGAAAGUGAUAGAACUCUAUCAUUCUCUAUAACAGUGAUUGAGCUCUAUCACUAGUGAUAUAUCGUGCUUGAUAUACUAUGAUUGAGCUCUAUCAUUGUCCAUAACUGAUAGAUAGUGAUAGAGCUAUAUACAUAUUAAGGCUUUCUUUAAAUUUUACAAAGUUAAACGAUUGGAUAAUUUUUGUUAUGCGAUAUGUAGAGUUUACAACAUGAUCAUGUAGAGUUUUUUACAUGAUCGUGUGGCGUUGGCUGCAUGAUCGUGUAGGUGCUGGCUUGCUAGACGAUCGUGCGGUAUUGGAUACUCGAUGCAUCCUUACAUGCUAAACGAUCAUGUAGAAUCGUCCAUCUAUGGCUUCUUCCUACAGAUAGAUAGUUUUUGUUGUGACUAUGUAUGGAUGUGAACAUUUCUCUACCACUGAUAGAUAAUGAUACACAUAUAUCAUUGUCUAUAAGUUAUACAAAGUGAUAAAGUUUUAUCACUUUCUAUCCGUGAUAGACAAUGAUAUAGUUCUAUCAUUAUCUAUCACUGAUAGAAAGUGAUAGAACUCUAUCACUCUCUAUAAUAGUGAUUGAGCUCUAUUACUAGUGAUAAACCGUAUUUGAUAUACUGUGAUUGAGCUCUAUCAUUGUCUAUCACUGAUAGACAGUGAUAGAGCUAUAUACAUAUUAACAUUUUUCUUAUACAAUCUUCUUUUCCUUUUAUUGCAGUAAAUUGAUACUAUGGUUAAUAUUCCUGUAGUCGUUUUUUAUGGUGGACAAUGUACUCAUUAUAAUUCUUAUGAGUAUAGUGUUGUUGGAGUUUUUGUUGAUGAUUUGAUAGACUUCAAUGGUUUAGUUAGUUUGAUAUUGGAUGAAAUUCAGUUGGAUGUUUCAAUAGAUUUAUCAGGAUUGUUAGAUUUUGGUCAAACUAAUAUUCAAUCUGUAUUUCAAAUAAAGCAAGAUAAGGAUAUCAGUUGGUAUUGGUUUUUGGCUAAAGAUUCAGGGACUAGGCAUCCUUUAGUUGCUCAUGUCAGUCAUCAUUUUGUAGAAGGAUCUUGCAGUGGUAUUAGUGGUAGAGGUGGUGAUAGAUUGCUAUGUUUAGGUUCUUCUUCUUGUUCCUCAAAUGAUCAAGUUAUACAAAAUGUUGGUUUUAAUGGCGAUUUGAAGGAAAAAGAUGUAUUUGGAAGUAAAGAAAUACUGUGUAAGUGUUUUGAUGUAAUAGCAGUGAAUAAGAAUUUUCAAUUUAGGACUACGCGGUCAAAUUCAAAGUCGUUUGAGUUGAAAUGUUUGCAAGAAGGCUGUCAAUGGUAUGUUCGGGCAUCUUGGUACAAGAAGAGUGAGUUGUGGAUGCUUAGAAAGUAUAUUUCCGACCAUAAUUGUUUAAUGAAUACAACUCAAAGUUGUCAUAGGCAAGCUUCUUCAUCUGUAAUUGGGGACUACUUGAAAGAGGAUUUUAGGUUUAUCUCUACUGAUCAUUCCCUUCCUAGAGAUAUUGUUUAUAAGGCUCGUACUAAGCUUGGUGUUAAUAUUAGUUAUCAAAAAGCUUGGAGGGUAAAAGAACAUAUAUUAAGAUCAUUAAAUGGUGAUGCAGCUAAAUCAUAUAGCUUGAUUCCACAGUUUUUUCAAAGGUUGAAAGAAAUGAAUCCAGGAACGCACACUGCUUUAAAGAUUGAUGAAAAUGGACAUUUUAAAUUAUGUUUCAUGGUUAUUGGUGCAUCUAUUGAGGGGUGGAGGUACUCUUUACCUACCAUAUCCGUUGAUGGCACAUUUUUGAAGUAUAAGUUUGGCGGUACUCUACUAUCAGCUUCCACAUUAGAUGGUAACAAUAAUAUUUUUCCCCUUGCGUUUGCUAUUGUAGAUUCUGAGAAUGAUGUAUCAUGGAAAUGGUUUUUCGAACAUAUACAAACUAGUUUAGGGGAUAGAGAACAUUUAGUCAUUGUCUCUUAUCGACAUUUGAGCAUUCCAAAGGAUGUCUUAAGUGUGUUUAACAAUGUUGAGUACUAUAUGUGCAUUCAACAUGUUCUGCGAAAUUUGAAGUUGUUCAAGGAUCCUUUGAUUGAUCAGUUUUACUUUAGUUGUGCUAAAUCUUAUACUAUUGAUGACUUCGAGUUUAAUAUGAGAUCUAUAGAGUCAAUUUCUCCAAAUAUUCGAAGUUACCUUAUUAAUGUAGGACUUAAGAAGUGGUCUCGUGCAUAUUCUCAAAGAAGAAGAUAUGAAAUGAUGACAACAAACCCUUCAGAAUGUGUAAAUUUUGUUUUGAAAGAGAAUAGGAACUUACCAGUUGCAAGUUUACUCGAUGCAAUUAGAUGUUUAUUGCAAAAAUGGUUUCAUGAUCGAAGGAAAGCUAGUUUGUCAAUGACAACAAUUUUGACUCCUUGGGCAGAGAAUAUAUUACACAAUCAACAUGAACAAUCACGAAGUUUCAUGAUUCAUCCUAUUGAAAUCGUUGAAUACUCAGUAAUGGAUGGUGAUAAACAAUUCCUAGUAAAGCUUAAUUUUGAAUCUUGUAGUCUUCAAGUAUGGGAUUUUGAAGAAAUUCCAUGCUCUCAUGUGCUUGUUGUUCUUCGGUUGCUUAACAUGGAUAUUUAUUCCUAUAUAUCUAAUUAUUAUUACUCAAGUGCGUUGUCAUGGACAUAUAUGGGUUGUGUUCGACCUGUUGGAGUCCAUUCAAAUUGGAGGGUUUUAGAUGAUGGUAUUAGAGCAUUACCUCCUAUUUUUAAACACUCAGCAAGAAGACCUAAAAAACAAAGGAUUCCAUCUGUAGGUGAAGCUAAAAGUAGUUCAUUAAGAUGUAGUCGUUGUCAUUCUAAAGGUCACAAUUCUAGGACUUGCAAACUUCACCUAAUUAGUCAAUGA